AUGUAUGGAAAAAAGAAAUUAUCCUCUGUUGAUGAAAUAAGGUUAGAAUUGUUUUUGCAAAAGUACAAACCGAAAGGAAAAGACGAAGCACUAGCAUGUGUCAAAAAGUUUGACGGGAGUUCUUUGCCACCUUGUUCUCGGGUACUGUAUGAAAAGAUUCGCCGGACAAAGUAUAUUGCCGAACUAUGGCUGUCAUCAACAUCACCCGCUCCACUCGAUCAAUUACCUGAGGAAAUGGGUUGGCAGAUUGUAGAUGGUCAUUACACUGUGAACUGGUUUGAUGGGGAAGUGUCACCUAAGCCGAUAGAUAUAACAAGUAAUGAGGAUGAAUUUGAAGAAGACCUCACAGAAGAAGGUAAGCCUAUGUUGAUUUUUUUAAUUGUACCUUGCUAAUAAAGCGUAUCGAUUUUGACUUCUAAAUUCAAAGGGAAUACCAAACAAACAAAAAUAUAUAUACUUGUGUGUUUUUAAGACCUAAUCUCAGACGAAGAAAGAGACUACACUAAUAGUGAUGACAGUGAUAACACCCAUAGUAAAAAUUGA